UUUCUUAAUGACAUGUCAGCCAUUGGAAAAUUGCACGCAGGAAAUGCUUUGCUGAGAGAAGUCCAGGUGUUUUGGCGAAGUCAGACAACCCUUAUGACAAUGUCUUAUUUCCUGGAAUUGACAUGAGUUCAUCAUUCCAAAUAGCAGCUCUUCACCUGCCUCAGAAGUUCUCAUGAGUCAAACAAGGCCUAACAGGUUCAUAUUGUGUUCUUAAACUGUACAAGUGGAAACUUGGAAGCAUAAUGUUUUAGCAUAAUGUUUAAUUUUUUUUUAAUUUGCAGUGCAAAGUAACAGUCACAUUUGUAGAAAUUCUCAUUUUUAAAUGUAUGUCUGCUACAGGGGUUGUAUCUACUUCUUCUCAUCUCAAAAAGCCACAUUUAGCUCGGGGGUGCCUAGACUUUUGUAUACAACUGUAUGUCUGAAGUAUUACAUGUGUGUUGUAUGUAAAUGCAAUGAAUGCAUACUUUUGAUAACUAUGAUAACUUUGCUUAACCAAUAAUUUGUCAGUAAGCCUGAAGUGUCAUAUGGACCAUUAAAACAAGGUUUAUGUUUCCUGUUUAGGGAGUUAAUCUGCUGAUGUGGCUACCGUGAUUUGACAGAGCAAACUAACUUUACAUCUGAUGUAAUGUCAUCUCUAGAGCCUAUCCUGAUGGUUUUAAAUACUAUCUGAUGUAAUGUCAUCUAUGGAGCCUAUCCUGAUGGUUUUAAAUACUGUCCACUGAUUGGCUGGAGGCAACCAUCCUGGACAUGUCACUCGCUCUGGAUGAGACUGCAGGUGAUCUCCCAGUGAGGGAUGUUGGCCUGAGAGGAGGAGUGAUGGCAGCCAUGCAAGAUUCCAGUCGUGAUACGAGACUCUUGCGAAGGCCUCAGGUUUGCAAGAUGAAAGAUCGUCAGCGUGUUAUUUCUGUACCGCGGGAGCAAUUGGAAGACCAAUGUUUUCGACUGCAGGAGGAAAAUGCUCUCUUGAAGCAACACACUCGGACACAGGAACUUAAGCUACGCAGGCUGUCUACCCAGCUGCUCCGCCUAAGGGAGGGCCGGCCAGGCAAUACUAUAGGAAGGGACCGGGAGACGGAGGAUGCCAUCCAGGAGCUGGAGGCCCGUGUUGCAACCCUGGAGAGCCAGAAGACAUUACUGCAGAGCAAACUGGGCCUGGCCAGGCAGCACAUCCUUGACAUGGGCGGACGUGGCCCCUCUCGCCUGCACAGAGGGGGUUUGAUUGGUGAGGGAGAAGUCCUGCAUCAAGGCCAGACAUCUUCCCGCAACAGACUAAGCCUUCUGGAAGAGAACAGAGGAGAUAUUGAGAGACUCAAAUCCAGCAUGCAUGAAACGCAGCAGGUGAGAGUGACCAAGCUGGAGUUGGCAGCACAGUCUCUCAUAGACACUGAAGAAAGCAUGAAAGAACUCAAAAGACAACAAGCGGAUGGACACAGGUUGACAAUCAGGGAGAAUGUAGACUUUAUCCGCCUUCAGAAACAGCUGUCGGACAAGAGUGCUGCUCUGCUGCUGGUACAGGAGAAAUCCAGCAUGCUGCAAGAGGCAUAUGAGGCCCAUUUACAAGAGGUAAGUCAAAUCCAUCAGAACAGUUGCGUUUUGGUGGUCUUAGCUUUGAGGCUAUUGGUAUCCUGUUCUGUGUUAUGAAUGUUGGUGGUCAGUGUGAUCGUCAAUCUUUCACGAGGACGAGUCCCCUUCUUAUGGAUGACCAUUAGUCCUGAUAUUCCUCUUUGCAUUACAAUGCUUUGGGCUGGUAAGACCUUAAGGGGGAGAAAUGGUGCUAGACAGUUCAUGAUCCCCUUAAGGUUUCUGAAAACCUGCCUAAAUAUGAUCAGGUCCAUGAUUACAUUGAUAUAGAUAAUAUUUAUUCACAAAUCGGCGUGCUUACAUAAUCAUAAU